AUCAGAUAAAUGAGCUCUGCCCUCUGGGCUGAGGAACCUGGCUUGGGCCCAGAUCAUUUAGUUGAAGUGACUACUGCAGUUCCCAUGAGCCUGGUGACAGUCGUACAUGAGCACCUGCAAGUUGGCUUCAGGAGCUGCCACAGCACUUACAGGGGGACAUCCUGCCACUACAGAGGCUAAGCAUUUGGACAGACAGGGCACGAGCCUGAACAAUGGCCUCAGAGGACCACAUGCCAGGCCCUGUGUGCCUCAUUGAGAAUGUGAAAGGGCAACUGGUAGCCAACCAGAAGGCUCUGGAUUAUCUGUCUGCCAUCAAGAAGCCAGUGGUGGUGGUGGCCAUCGUGGGCCUCUACCGCACAGGCAAGUCCUACUUGAUGAACAAGCUGGCUGGGAAAAAAACAGGUUUCUCUUUGGGCUCCACAGUGCAGUCUCACACCAAGGGGAUCUGGAUGUGGUGUGUGCCUCAUCCCCAGAAGGCAGGCCGCACCCUAGUUCUGCUUGACACAGAGGGCCUGGGGGAUGUUGAGAAAGGUGACAACCAGAAUGACUGCUGGAUCUUUGCCCUGGCUGUGCUUCUCAGCAGCACCUUUGUGUAUAAUAGCAUGGGAGCCAUCAACCAGCAGGCCCUGGACCAGCUGCACUACGUGACAGAACUGACAGACAGAAUCAGAACAAGAUCCUCACCUGACCAGGAUGAGUUGGAGGACUCAGAUGAAUUUGUGAGCUUCUUUCCAGACUUCGUGUGGACUCUGAGAGACUUCUCUCUCGAGCUGAAAGUAAAUGGGGAAUCCAUCUCCCCAGAUGAGUACCUGGAGAAUUCCCUAAAGCUUAUACAGGGAACCAGCCAAAAAGAAAAAGAAAAACAGUUAAAUCUGCCACGGCUCUGUAUCCGUAAAUUCUUCCCAAAGAAGAAAUGCUUCGCCUUUGAGCGGCCAGUACAAGGGAAAAAGCUUGGCCAGCUGGAAGCACUGCAGGACGAAGACCUGGACGCUGACUUCGUGGAACAGGUGGCAGACUUCUGCUCCUACGUAUUCAGCUCGCCCAAGGUUAAAACGCUUUCAGGAGGCAUCAAGGUCAAUGGACCACGACUGAAGAGUUUGGUGGUGACCUAUGUGAAUACUAUCAGCGGUGGGGGUCUGCCCUGCAUGGAGAAUGCUGUCCUGGCUUUGUCCAUGACUGAGAACGCAGCUGCAGUGCAAAGGGCCAUUGCCCACUAUGACCAGCAGAUGAGCCAGAAGUUGACACUGCCCACGGAGACCCUCCAGGAGCUGCUGGACCUGCACAGGGCCAGUGAGAAAGAAGCCAUCAAGAUCUUCAUGGAAAAUUCCUUCAAAGAUGUUAACCAAGUGUUCCUAACGGAAUUAGUGACCAAGUUAGAAAGCAAGCAAGAGGAAUUUCUUACGAAGAAUGAACAGGCGUCCUCAGACCGCUGCUCAGCUCUGCUUCAAGACAUUUUCGGUCCACUAGAAGAAGACGUGAAGCAGGGAGUUUAUUACAAACCAAGGGGUUUUUGUCUUUUUAACCAGAAAUUACAGGAGUUGAAGAAAAAGUACUAUAACACACCCGGAAAGGGAGUGCAGGCUGAAGAUGCUCUGAAGAAGUUUUUGCAGUCCAAGGAAGAUGUUAUUGAGGCAAUUCUACAGACAGACCAGGCUCUGACAGAAAAGGAAAAGGAGGUUGAAGUGGAGCAUGUGAAAGCUGAAGCUGCAGAGACUGCCUCAAAAAUCCUGGAGGAAAUGCAACAGAAGAACGAUCAGUUGAUGAGAGAGAAAGAGAAGAGCUACCAGGAACGCAUGCAACAGCUGACUGAGAAGAUGGAGAAGGAACAGGCCCAGUUGAGGGAGGAGCACCAGAGGGCCAUUGAGCACAAACUUCAGGAACAGGAUCGACUCCUAAAGGAGACCUUCCAGCAGGAGCGCCAAAGUCUUCAGAAAGAGAUAAUGGCUCUCCAUGAAGAGGCAGCUUCACGCAAAUGUAUCAUAAGCUAAAGGCCUAAAGAAUAGUGAUUUCCUAACUCUCAAAACAGAGAUGAAUAGGCUGCAGAACUGGGAACAAGAGUUGCUCCCAUUAAUAAUUGGGUCCUGCAUCAAAGAACUAAAAAUCUGCAAAGAUGUUCAGUGUAAUCACCAAAAUCAUGUUCAUCUUCAUAUAAGAUUUUGCACCAAGGAUGCCAUUGAGAUCUCUAUCAUAAGAGAGGUACUAACAGCACUGCCCAGAAGAAAGUUUGUUUUCUAGAUAAUCUCCAGUAGGCAAAUGGACACUGAGCCUUUGCUCCAAGUUGCCUAGGGAGGUGAUAGGUCUGAAGGCCAGCACCAUUCCUUACUGGAGACAAUGAAAAGAUCUACAUUAUUUCAAAAUUGCUCAAUCUUUCAGCAGUGGCAUUAUUUGUGGACAUUGGUGGGAGAUAAUCCUACCAACACACUUUAUUAUGAAUGAAGACACCUGCAUGGAAUGUGUGUGUGUGUGUGUGUGUGUGUGUGUGUGUCUGUGUGUGUGUGUGUGUGUGUGUGUGUGUGUGUGUGUGUAUCCCACUUGAAGAUGGAAGAAGUCAUUGGCAUGACAAGGAGAAGAAUUCACAAAUCCAUUGGUGAAGAAGCAAGUGUUUCAAUGCACAUAGAUUGAAAUUAUAACAGAAAUUUCCAAACUUUAAGAGUUGGCUUUGAAUUACAUAGUAACAUGAUACUUAAGCAUAAUGUAGAGCAGUAACUUUAAAGAUGAACAUUAAAUUAUGAUGUGUAAUCUCUAGCUAUCAAUGGUACUUUAACAAUUUAUAUGUAACUAUGAACUUACACUACUCUUUCCUACUAUUAGCACUUGAACGCCUGUUGAUUUUUUGCAAGCGGAACAAAGAUUGUUUUCCGUCUAUUGACGGUUUCUUAGUACUAUGGAGUAUAGACAAACUGUAUUCCAACUGCCAAAAAUGCAAGGUAUAGUUAGCAUCUUUUAAUGGGAUUGGGAGCAGUGCAAGCAUGAGGACCUAAAUUCAGAUGCCAGCACCCACAUAGCAAAUCAG